UUUUCAGGUGUGAUCAUUUCAAGAGCCGCUAAUAAGGGCGAACAGCAUGACGCGCGUGAAGGCGAAGAUGUCACACUGCAGUGCCGAUUCUCGCUUGACCCGAUGGCUGCGGAGGCCGUUACCUACUACUGGGUGCGAACCACUGUCACCGACCAUGAGAACGUCGCAAUCGGAAAUAUACCAUUGGAGAUUAAUUACCAAAUAAUAUAUGCACCCGAAGAAGGUCGUUACGACCUUAUCGUGUCCAAUGUUUCCUACGAGCGCGACAACGGGAAUUUCGAGUGCCGCGUAAAAGCAGGAGGUUCGGGGCGUACACUUCACUCGCAGAUACACUCCCUUGUGGUGCUCACGCUACCCCGACCACCACUACUAGUGCCAGGGCCGAAGGCUGAAGCCCAAGAAGGAAAAGAAAUCACGCUCUCCUGCUCUAGCUCAGGCGGAUCACCUGAACCUUCCAUCAGGUGGUACAAAAAUAACGAGGCUUACCCAUUGGAGGCGGCAAUGGUGCAUGGAAAGACACGUGCGGAAGCAUCGACUGCCACUCUUACACUGAUGCCGAUUCGUGAGGACGACGGCGCCACCUUCCGCUGCGUGGUGUGGAAUCGCGCCAUGCCUGAAAACAGCCAGCUGGAUGCCACUGUCGAUCUCAGCGUCAAUUAUUUUCCACGAGUGUCUAUCGGACCAGAAAAUCCGAUGCGGGUUGAAAUUGACGGCAGCGCAACUAUGGAGUGCAUAGUAGACGCCAAACCCAAAGUUAAUUCAGUACGAUGGUCUCGUAACGGAAAAUACAUCUCUAACUCAUUCCAACAUAGUCUUCACGCGUUGACUGUUGAGGACGCGGGCACAUACACUUGCUCUGCUGACAACGGACUCGGUCAUCCCGGUGAAAAAGACAUGUAUUUAGAUGUAUUAUUCCCUCCAACUGUAACAGUUGAAUCGAAAACAUACGAAGCAGAAGAGGGUGGAAGAGUUGAAAUAAGAUGUGAAGUAACUGCAAACCCCGAACCGACUACUAUCGAAUGGACAAUGGAAGGGAGACCAGAAUUUCAUCAAAAAGGAAACACCCUUUUACUUGCUAGAGUCAACGCUGAAAUGGCAGGAACGUACAACUGUAAAGCAGUCAACGUUAUUCCUAUUUCUGAAAAUGGAGAAGUAAAGAAAGUUGAAAGAUCGAAUAAUGCUUCCGUAGUUGUACUAGUACGGCAUAAGCCCGGUAGAGCCAGAAUCAGCCCUGAUCGGCCAGUGGCACAGGAAGGCACUAGUGUCACCUUAACGUGCAGUGCUAAGCCGCCAGGCUGGCCAAUUCCACAGUACAGAUGGUACCGGGACAUUGAAAAUUCAGACACAAAGCCUGCACAGGCUCUUGCAACAGGCAAUACGUUCACCAUACCGAGUGUUCAUCUUGGGAGCGAAGGAGUCUACCAUUGCCAAGCCACCAAUGAACUAGGCCACGGAGAACUGGCAGCAGCCACUUUAGAGGUUCACCAGCCUCCCCGAUUCCAGGUUAAGCUACAGCCACAUGUAACAAAACGCUCUGGUGAACACGACUUUUCAGUAACGUGCAGUGCUCUUGGCAAGCCACGGCCUAAUAUCAAAUGGUACAAAGAUUUCGUCGAAAUAAAGCCUGAUACUAACUUAUAUGAAAUUCAGGAAGAUACGACAGAAGGCAGAAACUCCGUUUACAAUGUAAACAGCACACUCAGGUUCCACGGAAGCGGCAGACACAAUAACAACUUACUACCGGAGGAUAGAGGACUCUUUUCAUGUAAUUUCGAAAAUGAAGUAAAAAAGGUGGAGUCUACAAUGCACCUACGCAUUGAACAUGAACCGAUACCAGUGAAACUUCAAACUAAAGUUGCCUAUGACGUGAUGGAAACUGCAGAAAUUGUGUGUCGCGUACAAGCAUUCCCUAAGCCAGAAUUUAAUUGGUUUUUUGGGUCACAUACGGCGCCAUUGCAGAUGUCCUCAGAUGGUCAUUACGAAAUUAGCACAACCACAGAUAAUAAUGAUUCGUACCGCAACGUUUUAAAAAUCAAAGUUAUAAAAUCCCAAGACUAUGGGGAUUAUUACUGUAAUGUUAAAAACAUGCUCGGCAGCAUUCGCCCGCAGAUCCGAUUGCAACCAAAGGGUGCUCCGGAGUCGCCUCGGGCCUUAACUAGUGAGAAAGUGGGCCCUUCUUACGUUACUCUCAAGUGGGAAGCUGGUUUUGACGGUGGAUUACCAAGUACAAAAUAUUUUGUCCGCUACCGAAGAUUUGGACGGCCAUCACCUAAUGAGGGCACUUGUGCUUCAGACAAAUCCGAUUUUGAAUGGAUGGAAUACGACUGUGGUCGAUCUAAUCCUUGCAACGUAACUCGUCUUGACCAACAUAUCUCCUACAAGUUUAAGGUGAAAGCGGUGAACACCAAGGGUCAGAGCAACUACUCUAAUGAAAUCACGGUAGCUACGAAAGUGGACAAGAUCCUGCCUCCUGAGCAAGUGACGUAUGAUCCGAGCACCAAGACGUUGGCUUUCAGCGUGACACCCACCUGCUUAACACUUAUAGGGGUGGCGGAAGGAUUGGGUGGAGAAGUGGGCUCUAAUAAUUGGCAGGUGGUUGAUACCGUGCCGCUGAAGCUGUCCGGUUCGAUGGCGAUGCUGCAGGAGGCGAUCCUCGAGAUUCCCAACAAGCCGAUCCGCAAGUCCACGCGCGUGGUCAGCGACCCACCGCUCGACGACCUCAGCCCGCGCAUGCGGCUCAAGCUGUGCCUAAAACUCAACCAGGAUUUCUGCAGCGACUACACCGAGGCGGAAAUUGGUCCAGCCUAUGUAAAGAAGGAGCCGGAUAUGCUGGUGACCAUUUUGACGACUAUUAUCGUUUUUGUCGUCCUCAUUGUAGUGGCAUGGCUUCUGCACCUGUAUUGCCGUUCGAAACGUAACGCAGUGAAAAAAGUGCAAGACAACCACGAGCUUGACUCCAUGAAAUCAGCCAUGGAAUCUAUGAAAUCCCAGAACUUAGCACCUCCGCCGUACACUUACGCCAGCACCGGCAUGGAGAACAAGGCGCUGGAACAUUCCAUGGACAUUCCGUUGCCUAUCGAUGAUUCCAAAAAUGCUGUAUACGCUUCUCAAGGGGGCUAUGCCUAUCGCACUCCACACUCGCAGGUCCAUCCCGGGCAGAACAACCCCGAAUGGACGUACGUGGACAACUAUGCGAAUAGUAACAACGGGGGGAGCGUAAACUCACAGGAUUCCAUGUGGCAAAUGAAGAUGGGUGCUGGCGGGGUCGGGGGAAUGCCAGGGCAUCAGCUAAUGGAGAGGCAGAGUAACUACGAAUACGACCCGAUCGCGCACGGCGGUUAUUCGACCAUGGAAGAGUAUGCGCCGUACCAGCGACUGCCGCACGCACCGCCCCCUGCAGACUAUAUGCGCACAACACACAACCCUUCGCGCCAAGACUACUGCUCCGAUCCGUACGCCUCAGUUCAUAAGCCGAAGAAACGCAUCGACCAACACAUGGAAUCGCCAUACCAUGAGGUAAGCGGUCUACCGGAGGCGUACGACGGCGGCCCAGGCGGCGACGUGGCCGAUGAGAAGCCGGCGCACCUCUCCCUCAGCUACGACGAGUCCCUCGAGUCCGGAUACUCAACGCCGAACACGCGCUCGCGGCGUGUCAUUCGCGAAAUUAUUGUCUGAAAACACGCCUACGCAGGCGUUCCUGAUGGGGGCGGAGGGCUCGAAAUAAUUCUCGAACAUUGCCCGACCGAGAGCCCCGAUGAUACCAGCGACGCCUCUACUGCCCCACACAAGGCAGAGUAAGUUCUACCACAAUGCAUACUAGAGCAGUACUCUGACUUCAUACUAGCGCCCGAAUCGACGCACGCACACAGACAAACGUCACUUACACGGCCGCUAAUCAAUUGGCAAGACAAAUCUACGCAGUGCCACGUCGCGCGCCGCUGAGAUUUCGUAAUGUGGCAAUAGCAACUAUACACAUACAAUAAAAACUAUACAAAUCUGUUUUACGUUUUGUAGGUACCAACCCUAGCGCUCCGCUCAGUCGUAGGUAUCUAUUUCAAGAAAACGGCUGAGUUACGCUACUGUUCUUGUAUGUAUUGUGGUUCUACUCUAAUGUAUACCCACCCACCGUUUCACGAACACAUUAACUCUAAUACACAACACAAGCUCGCGAUCGAUGACACAGCAUAAGACACUGGUAUCCAACUACUGGAACCACUCCCGGUAUUUGAUACUUUCUACGUAAGCCAUCACCUUGGUGGACCAAAUUUUAAUGUCCUUUAUAAAAUUCGAAAUUUAACAAAUUAGCUAGCAAGCACAAUAAGCGCUCGCCCACUUUCCCACAAUCAUUCAUAACUAACGAAAAAUUCUUGUCAAUUAAACUCUCUUUCUACUUUGAAACUAUUUAUCAUUUUUUUAUUAUCAACACUCUUUACGACGCUGACCAUCCAAAGGAAAGAACAUUUCAACACACAGUACCUAUACUCUUAAAAUUGACGUUCUAGGUUCUACUCGACAAUUAUUGUCCUUCAUCCUACUUUAAGUUACAGUUUUGAAUGCCGUAGAGAAGGACAGGACAGGAUGAAGUUUAUGAUACAUUGAUGUUAUCGAUUUUAAGAGUACAAUAUUUGGUAUUUUUACUAUCAGUCCAUUUGAUUCCUGACCCAUCAUAAGCUUGAUUUCUUGCAAACUUCAAUUCCAUAAGGUCAAAUGUUGCAUUUUAUUUACGUAUCCCUGGAAACACUUUUUAUGUAUUUAUUUAACCAUCAAGUUGACUUCUAGUGAUUUAAACAUUAACAAAAGAUUUCGCUUAUGCCUACGCUACACUGAUUUUGAUAAUCGAAUUUUCGAGGUAGCGCAAUGUCAAUGCCAAACCUGCCUGGAAACUUCGUCACUUUAGGCAAAACCGAUGUUACUUAGCUCUGGAGUAUCGGGUGAAGACCACAUGAGACGGAGUAAAUUAAUUAGUAACAACGUGAAUUAAGAUUGAUAUAAUAAAUUAAAAUGUCCUUUUUUAUCAAUCACGGGCUGGGGGUAAGGAGACCUUCGAUUUUUGCCCAGUUUUGUACCGUGGUACAAAUUAUCUCAAAAUACAUCUAAAAUUAUUCUUAAAAACUUACUAAUACUAAUUACUUCAAUAGAAAUUGGUGAAAAUCUAUUUUGAAAAGGGAAUCUACGUUUUAAAAAUCUUUAUUACCUAGACGCAAUUUGUCAUUGACUGACAGAUGACACCUAAUACUAUUGGUUUACAUUCAUUUCCUUGAUUGUGAUUGGUUCUAUCAAAAUAACGUGACUAUUUUCCUCACAUGUUAACUAUGGAUAUGACAGUGACAUUUAAUCGCCUUGGUACACAGACUUUUAACUAACUCUUUAAGUUAUUUGAUAUGUAUUUUGAUGUGUUUGUAAAAUAAUAUUUUGUUAUGAUCAAGCUUUUGCCAAUCAGUAUUUUUUUUAUGAUUUCCAUAGCUAAUUUAAAUUAAUUUAUAGAUGCACAUUUACUAUAUUACAUUAUCUGUGUUGCCAUUAAUUUAAAUGUUUCAUCGAUAUUUUUACGUGGUACAAGUGGAUAAUAAAUUCCGUUCAUAUAUUUUUUAUGAAAUCGGCGUAUUUUUCUACACAUAAAUGCAUGAUAAUACUUGAGGUACUGGGGCAAAGUUGUAUGGAGAAAAGAAAGAUCCUUUGAUUAUGAUUGGGAGAGUUUAUCAAAUGUACCUAGUAUUUUUUUUCUGCCGUAUGUUGACCGCUUCGUUCUUUUGUUUUUUUUAGCUGUAUUACGGUGCGACUUGGCAAUUUCGCAAUUCUGUAUGGCCCCAGCAUAAUAAAAAGUUUACCAAUGAGUUUUUUAAUUUCAAAAAUUCAAAACGGCUUCUAUUCCUCAAAGACAGUUUAAAAGUUACGAAAGCGAAACCAUAAAAAUCAAAUUUCUCUAACAAAAUCUAUUGCAUAACAAAGGUCAAGUUUCAAGGAUUCUUGAUAUGUAUUAUAAAGUUUCUUUGGCAUUUAAAGGCGCAAUUAUGCAUUCUAUACCAAAAAUUUCAAGUGAGUGAGGGGGCGAGUGGAUCAGGAAUCAAUUUGUUCGAUAGUAUAAACAUGAAUCUAAUUCAUAUAAGCUGAAUGUGUAGAUAAAUAGUGAUUGUAGCCUUCAUAAAAAAAUAACGAGUGGCGCGAAAAAAGCGUGCAUAUUUUUGGUAGAAGAAAUGACAAGUCUUUUAUUGAGACCGGUCAUAUUUUAAAUCCACAUGACUGAUUAAUUAUUAUCAACAUCGUGAUAAAUUAAAUAAGUAGAAGAUAACUUUGUAAUUAUACGUCGAUUUUUGUAACAAACUAUAAAGUGCCAAUGAACGCACAGUCAUCAACUAUUUUUUCAUUUUAUUAUUCUCAGUGGUACCAGCCAGUAAGUAAAUGGUUGUGGCAUAUCUUAUUUAAUAAAUGCCUUUAUACCAUAUAUCCCUUAUGGUAUUGGCAGAAUAGCGGAAGAUGCAGCUUUUGAGUAAAAAGUGUAUUAAUUGGAGACACAUUUUGGCUUUUGGGCCCUAAACAUUUGAAAAAAUCAAUCCAAUUGAAUACCAUCUCUUAAAUAAGAUAUGUAACUCAUUAACAAUAUUAAAAACAUUCCUGAAAAAGGACGGCGCUCUAAACAAGCUUAGACAAUUGGCGGCGGCGUAGCUUAGAAACAUAAUUUAUCAAAAAAAUUAUGUCGUAUCAGAUACACAUAAUUAUGAAACAAAUAAAAAAUAAUUGUUUAUCGGAUAGUUUUAUUGAGUGUUAUUGAAUGGAUCGACGAUUACAAUGAUCGUUGUAUUUUUAUAUUGAGAUCACUCUGACCUUUUCUUGGUGUUAGUAAUCAAACAAUCGAGAUACAUAUAAAAUAAACAAUUAAAAAUUAUACACAACUGUUUAUCGGUUAGUUUUAUUGUAUGUUAUUUAAUGGAUCAUUGUAUUUGUUGUAUUUACAUAUUAAGAUCACUGUGACCUUUUCCUGGUGUUAGUAAUCAAACAAUAAAUUCAGUGCUUAUACCUUGUUUAAAAAGGUGUGUGUACUCGACGAAGCAGUGCGAAAUGUCAUCAGUAUCUGACAGUCCACAAGAUAGAAAAAAACUGGUAGUUAAUAUCAAUAUGUGUUAUGUCUUUGUGGCGUGUGACAAAAUAUUAACGAAUUAAUAACAGUUAAAUUCAACAGGACACUUCUAUUAUUGCUUAAUCGAGUAUACGAUUACCUACCGUUAUGUAUACCAAGAUUAUAAUAUACAGGGUUUAAUUUUAAAACACCAACAACAUCUUUAGGGGUGAUUUUACCCAUCAACAAGAACAACUUUUAUUAUGGGACCAACGCUGAAAUCACGAAAAAAAAUCUGCUGUUUCAUACAAAAGUGCAUCAGUUAAUCGACCGAA